AUGCAACAGUUUAAAUAUGGCUUAAAUGUGUCUAAAAACAAGACACCUACUCAUCCUAAGCUAAAGCAACGUACAAAUGCUUUUGCUCAUGCAAGUGAUGAUGAGGAUGAUGGGCCCCAAACCCAUGAUGUUAAAUCAGCAAAAACACAAGUCAAUAAACAACUCUCGAGUUAUAACACAAUGACAAAAAAGAUCGCACAAGAACAAGCUAAAGCACUUGAAGAAGAUCCUACUAUUUUUGAUUACGACGCUGUCUAUGAUGAUCUAAAGGAAAUCGAGAAAAAGAAACAAGAAGCAACAAAACCCAAAGAUAAAAAAGCAAAGUACAUUCAAGGCUUAUUAGAAAUGGCAGAAGUGAGAAAACGAGAUCGUGUUUUGGCAGAAGAAAAGAAAGUGGCUCGUGAAAGAGAAGCAGAAGGAGAAGAGUUUGCAGACAAAGAGGUGUUUGUGACUGAAUCAUUCAAGAAGCAAAAGGCAGAAUUAGAACGUAUCGAACGCGAAGAAAAGGAACGUGAAGCAUUGGCCGAGAAGAACAAGACCAUGGACUCGUUUUAUAAACGAGUGUUAGAGAAGAAAGAAGCAGAACAUCAGGCCAUGUUAAAAGCCAUGGCCGAAAGAAAAAAAGAUCGGUCUACGUCCUCUUCUUUGGAUAGAGAACAGACAGCUACAGAUGCUCAAUUAGUAGAGGAAGCAAAGAAAGAAGGCAAGGAUGUCAUGGUCAAUGACAACAAUGAAAUUGUUGACAAGCGACAAUUGUUGGGUGCAGGUCUUAAUAUCAAACCAAGGUUUGGCUCAUUGGGAUCACUGGCUGCUUCUGAUGAACGUAUCAAAGAGCGCAUGGAUGAAUAUGAAGAAUACAAGCGCAAAAAAGUAGCAGAGUAUGAAGCACGUAAAAGACAAGGCAGAUCAAAUGAUGAAAGAGAGCGCCUGAGUAAAGAAGUAGAGCGACAAAUGAUGCAAGUACAACAAAAACAAAAGGAAGAACAAGAGCAAAAACAAAAAGAAUUUGAACUCAAGGCUGCUGCUAAGCGUACAACUGAUGAUGCAGCCAUGAGUGCUCGAGACCGUUAUUUAGCAAGAAAGAAGCAAAAAGCACAAGAAAAAGAAUAA